AAAUUUGAUAUAGGUUAUCAUGUGUCCUAUCAAUGUGUGAGAUUUGACUGGUAACGUGAUCUCUGAUAAGUCGUCUCAUUUUGGAAAACGCAGUAUAUUUCAUUAAUUUAACUUAGAAUGAAUAACGCCGAAAUUUCGUUUUUGCCCAUACAUUAUCUAAAAGAAAAUUUAUCAAAUCCUAAUAUUGCACAGAACGAUGAAUUUAUUGAUUUAGAUGUUUUUCUUAAAAUUAUGGCACAUUCUGUUAAAAACAUUCGUUUAUUUUUAAAAUUACUGAUUGAAAAUGACCCUAAAGCAAUAAAUUUAGAAAGAUUCUCAAAAUAUCAAAUUAAAGACUGGAUUUUGAAAAAAUAUACUCUUAAGUCAUUUUUUAUUACAUUAAUCAACCAUGAAUGUUUAAAUCUACAAUGUAAUGAAUUUUGGUGUGAUACAUUUACAGUAAUUUUUAAAUAUCUAAAUCAGAUGGAUUAUAAGGGAGUUAGAGAUAUAAUCAAUCCAAUAUUCCAAAAAUAUAAUCUCAUCCCGGAAAUUAUUCAUAAAGAUAUGGCAUCUCAGUUUAUAGCAAUACGAACAAUAUUUGAUAUUGUUUUAAAUCAAGAUAUAUCAGCCACGAUUUUGCCAUCCUAUCUUGUCGUUAACGAACUAAGAAAACUAACAACCCUCAGUUUUUCAUUUGAUUACCAUACGUUAUUAAGUUUGGAAAAACAUUAUCUUAAUUUCGCAUCAUCCCUACCUCAUUGGUCAUUAGCAUCAUCAUUUUAUGAAUAUGUUAAUAUAUACAAAUCUUUAGGUCAUAUUGUAUCCAUAUCCGGUCGUCAAAAUUUUUAUCCCAUUUUAGGAUAUUCAUCAGCUACUAAUAUUGCAUGGCGAUUAGAUUCAAAUACCUUUAAAUUUCCUAUCAGAGGAUUUUUACCGUACUCAAUUCAAUAUUCAGUUCCUCAAAGCUAUAUGAUUAAAUAUAUAUUAAAACAACCUUAUUCUAGAGAUUUGGUCUGCAAUAUAUUGGGAUUAAAAAAACAACAUAAAAUAAGAUGUCCUUUAUUAGAAGAAGCGCUUGCUGACAUAAUAUUGGAGGUUAUGUUAUUAGAAAUUUAUGAAAAAGAUAUUGGUUUAAUAGCUAAAUUAAAUAAUUAUGACUCAAUAAAUUAUUUCAAUCCCUAUCAUUUGAUAUGGCAGCAUCUUUCAUCCCAAGUCAUCUUUUUUGUACUUUUCCAAUUUUGUAGCUUUUCACGUUUAAUCGAUUAUCUCACUUCAAAAAUUGAUAUGACACUUACCAUUUAUAUGCAAAGACAUGGUCUUGAAUCCAAUCCUCUAAAUAAAGCAUUCAGCGUUCUUAAAUUAUUUGAAGAAUCCAGAUAUCAAUUAUCUUGGUUAUUAUUACAAUUCAUAUCGGGUAGCAUACAAAAUACACAAGCUCAGGAGUUUUUAUCGCUUAUUCCUUUAUUUAAUUUACUUUACCCAGAAUCACCUGACUAUAUAGAUACAGGUUUAGGGAAUCUUAGUAAACCCUUACCUAUACCCAAACUUAUAUUGUCAGUUAAUACAAACAAUUUUAAAGACAAUCACAAGCGAGGUACUAGUGUAAGAUACAUGUCUGGCGCUUGUAUAUGGAUGCAUAUUGCUAAAAAAUUUAGACAAUCACAUACGGCUGCUGAAAAUGAUUAUAAAGAACAAAAUUUUACUGACCCUCUGAAUCUCAAUGAUAUUAAUUGCUUUAAAUUUGGAGAAGACAAGACCCUAAAAAUCCAAAACAAUGACUAUAACAUCUUGAAUAUCGGUGAAGAUAUAUCAGCGUCAAAAACACCAUAUAAUUGGCCCAUACCUUUUGCCUUCUCCAUACAUGCUCGAUUUAUACAAGGAAUUUGGAACAUGAUUAAUUCACUAAACAUCAAUUCUUCAAUUUACUUUAAUGAUCCAUCUUAUGAAUAUGAUAUAAUAAUUGAUGAUGAAAUUUACAAAAUUGAUACUAAUAUAUAUUUUCACCCAAACCCGGAACAUUUAUCCCAUAUCAACAGUUCAACAAAUAAUUCAUUACAAAGUGAUAAUUAUAUAACGAAUUACAUACAUCCCUUAUUAUGCAAUGCAUUUAGCACUAGUGCUGAAUAUUUCACAUUAUCUAUGUCUAAAAUAGUGGAAUUUAUUUUAGGUCCGCAAAUAAAUCAUAAUCCCCCCACCACACUUAAUAUUUUUAGAAACGAUAUGACAAUUCCCUUAUCGAUGCAAUUUUUAGAUUCAUUAAGUGUUCAUGCCAAAAUGAGCCUGAUCCACAAUAUUGUUACAAGUAUUUUGAAAACAUUACAGUUAAAAUCAAAUACAACUUACCUUUCUUGUGGUUUACUUGAGACUUAUAGUCGUUUACUUGUUUAUAUGGAAAUUGAAUCUCUUGGAAUAAAAGGAUUUAUUACUCAUCUUCUGCCUAACAUCUUUAAAAAUCAAUGUUGGUCCGCUGUUUUUUCACUGCUUGAAAUGUUCAACCAUAGAUUACAUUACAUACAACCUCAUUACAAAUUUCAAAUGCUUAGCUAUUUGCAUUCAUUAAUGUAUCAUCUCUCAAUGGCCGCUUGUAGAGUAAAUGGAAUUUCCAACUUAAAUAUCAAUCAAAUGCUUCAAUUGCAUUCCUGUAUGGAGAAUUUAGUUUUACAUAUUGUUAGUGGAUUGAAUAAUUUUGAAAUUCAGCCUCAAAUUUCAAGAUUUCAAGGGGAUUACAAAAAUAUAAUAUCGACAUAUUCUGAAGAAUUAAAUAAAGUUUUGGUAUUAACGCUUGCCAAAGCUAUUCAUUUCACGGGGGGUCAUGAAAAUUUGUCUGGAACAUGGUUUUAUGAUCUCAUGAAUACUAUUAUGCAUCAAACUCCCCACAAUUGGUCCAAUCAUACUCUAUAUCAUUUUCCAUUAUCUUUAGAUUUUGUAAAUACAACCGCAGAUGUGACGAAUUAUUUAAGUUCUUUACUGACAAACACAUCACUUGCGGAUGAUAAUUACUCUUCCCCUAAAGCCCUAAUAUUGUGUUUGGUAUGGAAAUUGGGUGUAGAACGAAAAUUAAAUAAAAAACAAUUAGAGGUGAAUACAGGUGAAAAUACCAAUAUCAAUCCUAAUAUUGACAUGCCAGAUUAUGAUGGUCAAGCCAUCAAAAAUCUAUUAUAUAGCUGUGAAAAUAUUGGAAAUUCACAAUCAAACAAUUUAUUUUUAUCUAUAUCAUUGCUAACUCGAUUAUUUGCUGAAUAUCUGAUAUCCGAAUUUUCAAAUUGCACCACAUCUUCAACAAAUUAUUUAAACAAGCUUCCAACUGUAGAUGAUAAUCAAAAAGUCUCUUCUAAUACAGCUACAAAUAAUAAUAUGAAUCAUAAUCAAAACGCCUUAAUGGUUUCUAAAUAUCUUGAAUCUUUGAAUGAGCUAAUAUGGGUUAAGGGAUUGAUACCUUUAGAUCGACUGCUUUUGGUUUUAAUAUUGAAAGAUAACCCUAGCGUUAAUAAUACUAACAAGUUUAGUGAUUCCCACAACAUCUCUAAUAGCAAUAACAUCCAAAAUAUAUCAUCACAAAUGGCUCUAUUUAUAGCGCAAUUAUUGUUAUUAAAACCUCCGGAUUUCCUAUCGCAACGAUAUAAUGAUUUUCUUAUAACUUAUCCUCAUAACCAUUGGGUUUAUCAAGAUUGGCAUAAAAAGCACGUGCACUUUACAAUUAAAUAUCCAGAACGAUAUUAUGGGGAAUGUGACAAUAGCGAGACAUUUAAAACAAAUUCUGGAUUUCCUGUUCUUUUCGGCAAUAUAUACUAUAGAUUGAUUCCGAUUAUAGAUAUACUAAUACAUCGUUAUUUGGAGUUACCUGGAAUGUACAAAUCGCUCGGUACCUUGUUGGAUCGCUUAAGUGAAUUGUACCGUUAUCACCCACGUCCCUUAAGCUAUCUUUAUUCUACAUUAUUUUAUUUCAACGAGAGAAGAUUUCAUAAUAUCGAUAAUAACUCGCAUUUAGAACAUUCUGGUGUAAUUGUCAAGGGAAAAUUGACUAAGGCUAUAUUUAAUGCUUUGGUCGACAAAUGUGAUAAUAGUAUUAUUCCGAAACAAUGGUAUGCAACAACAGAAUUUAAUAAUUAUCUUAACAAUCUUGCAAAAUUUCAAUCGAAUACUAAUAUUCUGAACAUUUAUAGAGAUCAUGCUAAUAAUAACCCUAUUAAUAAUAAUAAUAAGGUAUUAUUUACCUUAGAUUAUUAUAGAAAUCUUUAUCAGCGAUUAGUUAAAGCUUUAGAUAGUAAUUCGCCAUUUCCAUCAUUUGAUUGGAGAUUUAAUGAAUUUUCAAAUGAAACACUACAUUACAUUCAUGUAAUAUGUAUAGAGUUAUUAUCUCUUCCUGCUAACGGACAAACUAUUGCCAAAGAUUUGAUUAAUACAUUUAUAAUAAAUCAUCAUUUAGUGCCCUUUUUUGAAAUCGAUUAUCAACAUUGGUUUAAUGCUAUAGCUUUAACAUUAGUUGGUUUACCAGACAGUUACUCUUCUGGUAUAUAUAAUGAAAUAGAAGAACAAAUGGAAAUGAUAUUUUGUGAAGGAAAAGAUCAUCUAAUUAUAUUUGAUGAUAUUUUUGAUGAGGUAUUAUUGAGUGAUAAUGGCAGAAAUAAUCUUACAUCAACCAAAUUAAACGAAACCUUUUGCAAAAAAAAGCGAUUUAAAUCUGAAAAUUCUAAUCCAUAUGAAACGAACGAAGAAAAUAUUAUAUCGCCUAUUUUUAAAUUUUCGAUUUUCAAAGGCAAAUUCAAUAACACGCAUUCUUUUCCAAAUAAAUUUCUUCGCAAUAAGUUUUAUGACUUCGAUAACCUUUCUUCUAAAUAUAAUUGUAAAAAAAACACAACAUUACCUGCUCAUUUAAAAAAUAAUCCUGAUUGGAUCAAAUCUAAAAGCUGCUGUCUUAUAAAAUUGGCCCACGCCUUGUGGCUUCAUUCUAACAUAGGUCAAUUGAGCAUGCUUCCUAAAUUCGUCAGAGAAAGGCUUAAACCAAAAAUUAAAUCAGAGAAUCAAUAUCUAUAUUUGUGUCAUUUGAUUGGGCCAUUCUUGCAACGGUUUCAUCUUGAACGUACCAGAUGCUUACUCGAAUUAACAAUCGAAUUUUAUGAAAUUUUAGAAAAUGUCGAUUAUUAUUAUCAUGACUUGCAACAGAAAAAUAUCGUUGAAAACAUUUCGGAUAACAAAUUGGAAACAACAAGCUUCAGUUCAAUCGAUAAUAAUUUUGCCUUUAAACAUGUCGAUAUGAUUUGUGGAUUUUUAUAUCAUAUUAAAUACAUGUUUACCGGUGAUGGCAUAAGAAACGACGUCGAAAAAUAUAUUAAAAAUUAUAAAAACGAUAAAUUAAGAAGUCUACUUAGUUUUAUUUGCUCGACCAAUAAUCCCACCUCAUCAAUAAAUACUAUUUCAUCUAACAAAAAUAGAAUUCAGUCUUUAUCGGAGCAAUCAUACUUAGAACCAAGUUUCAAUAUGUAUAAUGAUCAAGACAAUAAUAAAAAUGAUUUCAUUCACUUAAAUGUCAAACCAGCUCAUACAAUAGUAUCCAAUAUUCAAGAUCCGAAUAACAAAUCAUUUUUAAAUGUUAUUGGUGAAGAUAAUCUUAAAACAAAUACCGAUUUCUUAUGA